AUGUUCUCAGUCUUCUUACUCAUUACUGCAUCACUUGCGGCUUAUCCAGUCGACUUGCAGUACCCUGUUGCAUUUUGGCACGUUUAUGUUGGUAUUGACACUUAUUUUGGUUCGUCAUUGAAUUACGAAAUUGAUGUUCCCAACAACAUUGGCAACAAGUGUUACACAAUCACAACUGGCGUUUCUGUCAAAAUUGAAAACACUCAGCUGAGCAUCUUUGACAAUGCCAAUUGUCAAGGGUACAGAAAAUCGUACAUGGAAUCAACAGAAUAUUACAAGCAAUGUGGCAUUUGCAACGGUUUUGGAAUUGCAGGAAGUGGAUAUUCUGCAUAUUGGUUGAUUCCACUAGAGAAUCCAAUUAUGGGGAAAUAUGUUGUUGAUACCACAAAUGCCAACUGCCCAGUUGGUAACUACAUUCCAUCGUACAUCCUCUCUACACAGACUAAACUCGGUUUCAGUUACAUUUUGGGUGGUGUCAAUGGUAUUUACAACUUUGGGUUCAGAAUCAACCAAACCGACAAGAAUCAUGUCAGAGGCGAGUGGCUCGACAAACUCCCAACAGACUCAUCAGCAAAGGUGUUGUUUUCCAUUGAAAACAAGAAGUGCACACUUGUCAAAAACCACUGGGUUAAAAUCGAAUUGGACACUUUUGAUGUUGACAAAUGUGAAAUUGUGACACAGCCCGGUAAGUGUUACAAAAAGAGAGCCACAGUCAAUCCUGUUGAUCCACCAAAACCGGUCGAGCCAUCUAAACCAGCGGAUCAAGUAAAACCACCAGUGACUCCGGUUGAACCAUCAAAGCCCGAAAAUCCAUCUCAACCAGAAAAACCAAGUGAUAAACCAGUGACUCCACCAGAGCCAGAAAAGCCUACAGAACCAUCAAAACCAGAAAAACCAACUGAUAAACCAGUCAAUCCACCAGUAACUCCAUCAGAACCAGAAAAUCCAGUUGAUCCAGUUACAUCCGAAGAACACACUGAAAACUCAGAAAUUUCAAAUUUGGAUGGAGCGUUAUUA